AUGGAAGGAUUUCUUCGGGAAGAGAUGGAAGGGAAGCAGGGCGGGCAGAUCGGUCUUGGUCUGGGAUAGCGCUCACAUGGGGAUCGGCGGCGGCUCCUCUGCGCCGAUGAAGAUCCUGGACAACAAAGGGCAGAGAUAUGAUGCUUAUAUAAUUCAUAAUAAACAGUGUUGUUCCAUAAGAUUCGUAAAAUAAAUGGAAUAAACAGCAAUAAAUAUCGCAUUACAACCAAGAUUCUGGCAGGUUUGGACUACAGGUUAAAUCAUGGAGAUGAUUAUGAUUCUAAUCAUAGUGGAAAACCAGCAUCCACUAUACGGUGCAUUGAAGCGCAAUUAGGCGCGCAAAAAAAUAAAUUCGAUCAGAGUAUAAUUCAAGCAUUCGUCUUUGAAUUAACGUUGACUCAGGGAGAAUCAUAGGAAGCAUGAUUAGGAAUCAUUUAGAAUAUAAUCAGAAGGACUUUAUAGAUGUGGUUGACAUUAAAAACUUCAUGAUUCCACGCAAAUGAUUGAAGAAAAAUAGGAAAAGGAAAGUCAUCAAGAACAUAAAACAAGUUGACGUGGAAUUAAUUCUUCAGAGGUGUUAAAAGGAGGAUUUUCUCGAAAAUGGGUCAACGAGCAUCAAAAAAAAAAAGGGCGUGUUGCUUCCGCUGCUUCUGGGUACCAAGCCAGAAAACCGUAAAUCUUAGUGGAGGUAAGUGUAACAAUGGUCAACCAUUAAUCAACAUCGCUCCAUCUUAUCCAAUCUGCAUGUAUGAAUGAUACAGCAGACUUGUCAAGCUGAAGAUGGGAAAUUGCUGAGACUGGUUUUCACAAUGACAGGGGCUUCAAAAGAUCACAUUUUUUAGUCUAA